AUGGCAAACGAGGAAAAGACGAUUCCCUUUCAGUCGCCGGGAUACAGUCGGACGGAUGAAAGCGCGGUUUAUCCCGACAAUUCCGACUGUACUUGGGACAUUACUGUAGCCGAUGGGUACGAGCUGAGGAUCGUCUUUGCAGACAUGGAGAUAGAACAGUCAAACGACUGUACCUUCGAUUACUUGCAAAUGUUCGUCGAUGACGUUGGAAAAACCAAUUCUCUAAAAGACAAGCCUUUCUGCGGCUCAGAUCUUCCGGAAGCAGUUUCGAUUCAACAAGCAAAUGUGAAGUUAAAAUUCGUCAGCGAUGAAAAUGCAGGGAAACGAGGCUUCUCCGGGCAAUUCAUCGUCGUGAAAUUGGGCGACAGGUGGAUCGACUGUAACUUUGACUUUGGCUUCUGCGCUGGGUGGUCUUUGAAGAGCGAAAAAGAGAGCGAUAAUUUUUCCGAAUGGACGCUAGGAAUCGGUAAAAGUCCCAACAUUGGCACGGGUCCAUCGAAAGACCAUUCCUCUGUGAUUGGUCAAGGGCAGUACAUGUAUCUCAUCACGCAAGGGCAGAGAGAAGAAGAUAUGGGCAUCGUAACCUCCCCUGCUUUUGAAAUGAACGAGGGUGAUGAAUACUGCCUGGAGUUCUACUAUCAUGCGAACGGAAAAGACGUCAGCGGAUUGGUUGUCAUGCUCGGUACUCCAGACGACAUCGAACGAGCCAAGACAAAGGAAGACUUCGUGCUACGGAUCAAAGAAGAUCAAGGCACCAGCUGGAAACGCGUCGUCCAAGACAUCAACUUUGAAACAAACAAAUUCAUAUCAGGUGAAAGAAGGGAUUUGACCUUUAUCGGCAUGGUCGGGCCCGGAGAAAAGGGAGAAAUCGCACUCGACGACGUCCGGCUACAUAAGGCGCGCUGUGCAGCUCUUUGCCCGAACGAAGAAUACACCUGCGACGCUACCGUUCCCUCUCCCUGCUUGCGAUGGAGCCAAGUUUGCGACGGGAUGCCAGACUGUCCCUCUGGCCGCGACGAAGCUAGCUGCUCGGUAGACAUGAUGACAAGUGCAGCUCCAGACUUGUUUUUCAAUGACUUCACGACAGAGGGAUUCUUCAUUUUCGACCAAACAAGUCAAUCUCCUCUUUUUAACGAGCUCUUUGGGAUGGCGACGACGGCACCGUUUUUGGACUUUUUUGCGACUGAAAGUAGCUUUUUCGACGACCUCGCAACUGUCUCGAGUACAUUUCCAAAUCUCGAAACAUCAACAACCGCUACCACCACCACGAGUUCAACAACAACGGAGCCAGUUGAAGGAGACACCCUCCUUCCUCUUGGAUCAUUGACAACAACUGUGGAUACAACAAUCCGCUUCACCAGCACUUCAAUGAACGAUCCAUUUGAAACUAUCGACGCCGACAGCCCGCUGGAUCCGUUUGAAGCUGAUUUAACGACUCCACUUGUUCUGGAAGGAAUCACAGAAGGAGAGACGAACCCUACGAUUACAACAACAACUUUUAAAUUCGAUGAAUUUGAUCUUGAAUCGACAACAUUGAUGACUUUCCCACCUUCGACAACGGUCAGCUUUCCCGAAAUUUCUUCGACUUUCAAUUUUGACGCGUCUACCACUGAAAUGCCAACAACAACAGCAACAACAACAACCGCAGCAUCAGCAUCAGAACCUUCUGCAGCUUCGAGCUCAACAAAAUCAACAACAACAACAACAUCAACAGAAGCAUCAUCAACUGUUUCUCCCAGCUCAGCAACCACUUCUUCAACCAGUGUCGCAUCUGAGUCCCAAGAAAUUAACGAAACAGAAAUCGAACCAAAGAUUGACGAGAUAACGGAAGAAUCAACAACAACUGACUCGACACCUGAGACAACCACGACAACAACGACCAUCAACACUGAUUUCACGAGCACAACCGCCAUUCCAACCACGACAUCAUUGAAUCUCGAUGGCUUCACAACUACUCCUAUAUUCCCUGAGAGCACCGUCUUUUCCAUUCCUUCGACAACUCCUUUCUUCCCUGAUGGACUUGAGACUUCCACGUUUCCUUCCCUUCCUGAGACAACAACGGAGUUCGUCCUGCCUACCACGACUACUUCCCCUCCAUCUACUACGACCAACCAGAUUCCUCCAAUUCAGCCCACUGUCACUACGACUUUUUCACCAAUAACAGACGGCUUCGGAAGCGCCUUUAUUCAACCAGAAGUAAUUCUAGCUGAGGCGCGAGGGAGCAAGCCUCAAUUCAUCGCCCUUCCUCGCGAUCAGAACGGAAAUUAUGUUAAAACAUCGAAGCGUCACUACAUUAUUCAAACACCAGACUUGACGACGAGUUUGUAUGUCAAAUUCAAAAACCUUGACCUUCCGAAUGCCCGGGACGAUUGCAGCGGCGCCAAGGUCAUGACCGUUUUUGGCCCUUAUACCGGCGAUACUGCAAUGCCAAAUAUGCCGACGACGAUGAUUUGCAACGACUCAGUUUUGCCCGCUUUCUAUUCGAACUCGUUGCACAUGACUAUCAUCUACCCAGAAGGGCCAGAUGAAGACCCAGAAAACACCGGAGGAAUGGACUUUGAGCUCUCCGUUGUUCCAAAAUCCAAUGUCGAAGGGAAGGAUAGAUGCAACAGUUUGAUGAUGGUCGGGCCGAAGAAGCAAUACAUUGCGAGCAAAGACUUUCCGAAUAUGUACCCGCCCAUGACAAAGUGCGCCUACAGGAUCAAAUUUGAUAAGACGAACGGGGAUGUUCUCAAUGUUCAUUUCAAAGCUUUCAGCUUGGAGAAGCCAAAAGAAAACACCUGCCAUGACGUCGUCCGAAUUACCUCAGCGACGGAAAACUUCGAAAAGCGUGAAGUUCUUCACGAACUUUGCGGUCUCCGCGGUCUCCAAACCCUAACUUUCGACAGCAACAUCAUCUUGGAAUUCGAAUCCGACAAUGCUGUCGAAGAUGCUGGCUUUUUCGCCGAAGUUUUCACGAUGAAUUGCGAGCGGCGAGGAUUGGUGAAGCGCGAUUGUGGCUGUGUGCCGAGCUGUGAUGACCCCUCCUGUGUCUGUAAUGAAGGACAGCCUGCCUGCGUUUGCCCAGAUCCACUUGCGCCAAUUUGGAACGGCGAGCGAUGUGUCAAACUCGAGCAAUGCGACUCCGCCAACAAUGUCCGCGAGAAAAUCAAACAACAACUCGAAGAAUCCAUUGUUGUCACUUCUUCUCCCUCUACUCUCAACCUUCGUUUCAAUCGCGUUCCAAACGCCUCCCGAUACGUGAUAAAACUCCUCAACCCUUCGACAAACGAAGUCAUCAAAGGCACCACCGCCACCUUCGACGAUGCCGAGCUCCAAGACCGAAACAACGUCGCCGUCACCGUUGGCAACCUCGAAUCCGAAACUCAAUACAUCUCGAAUGUCGAUGUUUUCUUCGAAACAGCAACUGCUGAUUCUGUCCUGCGAAACACGCCAGUGUCAUUUCAACGGAUGGUUUCAACAAGCUCAAUGGACAAUUCAAUAACCGAAGUCGACCGAAACAAUCUGACCGUCGAAAAGUUGAGCAACACCCUUUGCCUCGUCUUCAACAAGAUGAUUGCCUCAGUCGAUGCUUAUAAAAUCACGCUGAAUGAAGUCUCCGACGCAGAUUUCAUCGUACAACCUCAACGAGUGCCAAUUACUGAUCAACGGAUCUGUUUCUACAGUUUGAAAACUGCUACGGAGUACGAAAUCUCUGUCGCUUCUAUUUCCGAUAAUCUGCAAUCAGCUCCUGUCUCGAUCCGGGUCAAGACACUCGAGGAAGAUCGGGACUGGAUGGAAAAAUGGUACAAAUGGAGAUAUUUCUCCUUCAAUCAGUGGAGCAAAAUGUUCGAUUCUUACGCCCGCGUUGCUAGGAAGAAAAACUUCUGGACCCGACCGAGGAAUCUUACUUGCCCAGCGCUGAGAGAGAAUAUUCCCUGCAAGUCAAACUUGGUCACGUGGAAGGAUCUUAAUGGCUGCACAUUUAACUUGUGCGACCAAGCUCCUGAAUUUGACUCGCGAGCUUUCGACGAAAUGGCCACCACGGACUCCUUCACCUCCGACUGGGAAGCCGACUUCCGAAUUUAUAAAGACUAUCUGUAUCCCCAAUGGACGGCCCUAUUAUCCGCCUAUGCAUCGCUUCUCUCGUCAGAAGUGCAGUCUGACAACCGCCUACGCUAA